AUGUCACAUCUGCCUUCCAGCUUUGAUGGCGCCGAACAGGAUGUCGAUGACAUGACUUUCUAUGAGAAGAUGGUGUACCAUUGCAAACAACAACCUUUGGUACCAUUAGGAACCUUGGCCACCACCGUGGCCGUCAUUCUAGCAGCACAAAAUGUGAGAACGGGCAACAAGCGUAAUGCGCAAAAGUACUUUCGGUGGCGUGUGGGUCUCCAAGGAGCCACUCUGGUGGCUCUAGUAGCCGGUAGCUUCAUCUACGGCAAGUCUGAGAAGGAUCGGAUAUCCAAAGAAGACGAAUUGAGAGAAAAGGCCAAGCUCAGAGAAAAGCUAUGGAUACAGGAACUUGAACGCCGUGACGACGAAACGAAGCAACGUAAGCUGAGAGCCGAAAUGGCCCGAGCCAAGGCCUUGGAACUGAACAACGAAACUCUGGGUCUACAGGCAGAACUAAAGAAACUACAAUCCCAAAAUUCAUCGACUCCGCCAUCUGAGGGACGAAAGUGA